AUGAGGCCAAGAUAGCAAUGCAUGGACUUCAUUUCUCUUGCGGCGGCCGCCCCAUGCACUUUUAUCUUACAUCUGGUCCAUCAACUUGAUAUGCUUCUCCGCCCCUCUUUCAGGCAUACUGUCCACACGAACAGCAGAGAGCUUGGGUUGAGGCAAGAACUCCUUGACAUAUCAGAGAGAUUUGAAGACAGUGAUUUCUCGGAAAAUGACGAUAAUCAAGCAGACAUUCUGGAGGAAAUGGAGGCGGCAGAAAGCAACAAAAGAAUUCGAAAUGAAGAAAAGUAUGGCAUGUCCAGUCAAGCUGGUGUGGAAGAUUUUUCAACAGAUUAUAUGUCAUCUGAGACGAUCUGGGAUUCUGGGGAUGACUCCGGUGUCUAUUUCGAUGACAGAACUACAGAAAAGCCAUAUUGGAACCAGGAUGCGUGUGCUGUUAACGGAGAGGAUCACUCGGUUCCUAGGACACCGCCGACCUCACCUCGCGACAGCCAAUCCAGUCUGAACAGCGAAAACUGCACCCCGCUCGCCCUGGAAAAACUGCGCUGUGACGAAAGCAUCGAUGACCUUCUCGACGAAGACAGCGAGUUCAGUGUGUGGCGCUCUAAAGAGCGGUUUGUGCCACGCUUAAUCAAUGACGAAGCCCCCAACAUUGUUCACUGCGUCGGAUUGCCUUUCUUUUGACGCACACCUAGCACCUAUCCAGCGGGACAUUUAUGCUGAUUACUUGGACUUGGACGCGGAUCACGCUGGUUUUGUACACUAUAACUUGGACACGUAUAUUCAUCGGAGAGCAACAGAAAUGAUAUACCACCCAAAAAACUGCUUAGACAACCAGUCUCAGGUUACAGUAGGAAUGCGGGCAAUACUUAUACAGUGGCUCACGAAAGUCGUCCACCAGCACUUUCGUUUUCACCAAGACACGCUAUAUCUGACAGUCAACAUUCUAGAUCGCUUUCUCGCCUCAACACCUGUAAAAAUAGAAUGUUUUCAGUUGCUGGGUGUCACGGCACUUCUUGUAGCAGGGAAGCAUGAAGAGAUCUACCCGCCAGAAGUGGAGGAGUUGAUUCGACUGUGUUGUGGGGCUUACGAUCGCGCGCAAAUCAUCCGGUUAGAGCGCCUCGUCCUGGAACGCCUGGGCUACACUUUUAUGGUGCCCACCACGCACUAUUUCCUGGAGCAGUACAGUUCUUCGCGGUUGCUGACGAGGCGACUGGCCGGGUGCACCAAGGAUGAUAUAAGGAAGACAAGAGCCAUCGGGCGCUAUUUGGCGGAACAAUCUCUGCAGGAUUACGACAUCUGCCAGUUUUUGCCAUCUUUGGUUGCCAUUUGCGCUCUUGAAAUGGCAGACGAUCUCCUUCAGCACGUGACCAGAGUGAAGACAGCAUGGAUCGCCGGCUUUAACCGUGACGAAAUUGAAAAGUGUUUGCAGCAUAUUCGCGUCAUGUUUUCGUCUCUUGGUGAUGAUCCUAGCGAUUUGAUGAGCAUAUGUAAUGCAUAUGGAUACCAGUAUAAAAUGAAGAGUUUGUCACCGACGUCAGUGUUAUAAUACACGGAAAGCAAAGAACGCCAUAGACGCGGCGCAGUUGACCUUGUUUGUUCGGUUUCAGAGAGUUCAACGUACUGGUAAAUUCAAAUAACAUCCUAGAAAAAAGCAUGUGGGAAUUGCUGACGUUGUCGUAAACCAAGUGUAAGUAAAAGUCAAGACGAGUUUUUAAAAGACGCGAUGGUAAAAAAAGGUUAACACCCAAUGAGAAAUUUAAAUGAUCGGGACAACAAUUUAAUGAAAAGACCCCGGUUUGUUUCUUCCAACCAUAUUUUACAUGUGGUAGGGAUGGGUGAUAUUGACUGUGAUAUGUUUGAAUACAGGUCUAGUAUAUUUCGAGUUUAUAGAUUCUUUCAGCCAGUAUUUAUUUUUCACAUACGUUAUUUAUUCCUUUACUUUCAUGAACAUCAUCAAAUACAUCCUAUUUAUUAUUCAUAAGCGAAACUAUCUUUAUUAAUUCACUUUUUUCAUAUUUACUCGUUAAUGUGUUUAUUUAUUCAAUGUAAGAUAUGUUGAUCAUAUUAUCUGUUGUUGCCAAAAAUAUAGUAAAAAUCGUAAAAGUAGGAAAUUAGAAAAAUGAGAAAAAUGUGCAAUAAUUAUGUACAUCAUACUGUACAAUUGGGUAACGUAUAACAUAUUGAUAUUAAUACCUAUAUGCAUAAAAAUGAAGACCCACUGAUCCUGGUUGUUGACACAGACCUCGCAAUUGCAAGAACCACAGCGUCAAAACAAGUUUCUAUUUUUAUUAGCAAAGGAAAUGUCCAACUGCCUGGCAACAGUAGGUGAUUUGAGGGGGCGUGAAAUAAUGUGGUUUUUACCUGCAAAACAGUACAUUAGUCAAAAAUAACUUUCUGAAUAUAUCUGUACAUAUCACUAUCUUAUUGUUUAGCAAUUGGAGAUAUGUUAAAAAAGAAAAAAUUCUGUGAUAUGAUUUUAUUUUGAUAUUUCCUUGCCUCGAGAAGACAUUUACCCCAAAGCGAUAGGGAUUUAUGUUCAAUAUUUAGUCGUUUUAUCUAUUGGUUGAUGUUAUCUUUUCUUUGUGUGUUCAACCUGUUAAAUGGUUUAUUGCAUGCUUUGCUUUUUUUAAACACAGUUGUGAAGAUAGACAAUAAAGUAUACAUUUGUUA